CGGAUUGCCCAAUGGAAGCCGGCGUUGACAGAUGCGCGCGCUCUGUGCCCAAUAAGCGAUGGCGGCUCGAAUGGCUCCUGUACCUUGCUGGCUGUGGGCGGAGCGGCUUGAAGGAGGAGGCGGCGGACCAGGGGGCGGUUUGGUUGCGCGGUACUAGCGGUGCCCGCCGUAGGGGGAGGAGGCGGAGGAGCGAGCCGUGCGGCCAGAGCGGGAAAGAGACUCGUCUCUGCGUCCGAGUGCUGGAGCCGCCGCACCGCGGCUCCUGGGGCUGCAGCGGGAGCUGUGAGGGGCCGGGCGUCCUCUGUCUCUCGGGUCCCCUUGUAGAGCCCCGCGGGAUCGGAAAACGGAGAAGAUGGAGGAGGGCGGCAGCGGCGCCGCGGGGACCAGCGGGGACGGAGGCGCCGGGGGAGAGCAGGUCCUCACUGUCAAGCACGAGCUGCGGACGGCAAAUUUAACAGGACAUGCUGAGAAGGUGGGGAUUGAAAAUUUUGAGCUCCUGAAGGUCCUAGGAACUGGAGCUUACGGAAAAGUGUUUCUCGUUCGUAAAAUAAGUGGUCAUGAUGCUGGAAAGCUGUAUGCCAUGAAAGUUUUGAAAAAGGCAACAAUAGUUCAAAAGGCCAAAACCACCGAGCACACAAGGACAGAACGACAAGUCCUAGAGCACAUCAGGCAGUCGCCAUUUUUGGUGACAUUGCACUACGCCUUCCAGACAGAAACCAAGCUUCAUCUCAUUUUAGAUUAUAUAAAUGGUGGAGAACUUUUUACUCAUCUUUCUCAAAGAGAGCGUUUCACAGAGGAUGAAGUGCAGAUCUAUGUCGGAGAGACUGUGCUCGCCCUCGAACACCUCCACAAGUUGGGGAUUAUAUACCGUGACAUUAAGCUUGAGAAUAUUCUACUUGAUUCUAAUGGCCAUGUGGUGCUGACAGAUUUUGGUCUGAGUAAGGAGUUUGUGGCUGAUGAAGCUGAAAGAGCAUAUUCCUUUUGUGGAACUAUUGAAUACAUGGCACCAGAUAUCGUCAGAGGGGGAGAUUCAGGACAUGACAAGGCAGUAGACUGGUGGAGUUUAGGUGUUCUAAUGUAUGAAUUACUAACCGGAGCAUCUCCUUUCACUGUUGAUGGAGAGAAGAAUUCCCAAGCUGAGAUAUCUAGGAGAAUAUUAAAAAGCGAGCCUCCAUAUCCCCAAGAGAUGAGUGCUUUAGCUAAAGACCUCAUUCAGCGUCUUUUGAUGAAAGAUCCCAAGAAAAGAUUGGGAUGUGGUCCACGUGAUGCGGAUGAAAUCAAAGAACAUCAUUUUUUUCAGAAAAUCAAUUGGGAUGAUUUAGCUGCCAAAAAAGUGCCCGCACCAUUUAAACCAGUCAUCCGAGAUGAAUUAGAUGUGAGUAACUUUGCAGAAGAGUUCACAGAGAUGGAUCCCACCUACUCUCCCGCAGCGCUGCCCCAAAGUUCCGAGAGGCUGUUUCAGGGCUACUCCUUUGUUGCGCCUUCUAUUUUGUUCAAGCGCAAUGCAGCCGUCAUAGACCCUCUUCAGUUUCACCUGGGAGUUGAACGUCCUGGGGUGACAAAUGUUGCCAGAAGUGCAAUGAUGAAGGACUCUCCAUUCUAUCAACACUAUGACCUAGAUCUGAAGGACAAACCAUUGGGAGAAGGAAGUUUUUCAAUUUGUCGAAAGUGCACACACAAAAAAAGUAACCAAGCGUUUGCAGUCAAAAUAAUCAGCAAAAGGAUGGAAGCCAAUACUCAGAAAGAAAUAACAGCUCUGAAACUCUGUGAAGGACACCCCAAUAUUGUGAAAUUACAUGAAGUUUUUCAUGAUCAGCUUCACACUUUCCUGGUGAUGGAACUUCUGAACGGGGGAGAGCUGUUUGAACGCAUUAAGAAAAAGAAACACUUCAGUGAGACAGAAGCCAGCCACAUCAUGCGGAAGCUUGUUUCCGCCGUAAGCCACAUGCACGACGUCGGAGUGGUUCACCGAGACUUGAAACCCGAGAAUUUAUUGUUCACUGACGAAAAUGACAAUUUGGAAAUUAAAGUAAUUGAUUUUGGGUUUGCACGCCUAAAGCCGCCCGAUAAUCAGCCUCUCAAGACACCGUGCUUCACUCUUCAUUACGCUGCCCCCGAGCUCCUGAAUCAUAAUGGCUACGAUGAGUCCUGUGACCUCUGGAGUUUGGGUGUCAUUCUGUAUACCAUGUUGUCAGGGCAAGUUCCGUUCCAAUCUCAUGACAAAAGUUUGACGUGUACCAGUGCAGUGGAAAUCAUGAAGAAAAUUAAAAAGGGAGAUUUCUCCUUUGAAGGAGAAGCCUGGAAGAAUGUAUCUCAAGAGGCUAAAGAUUUGAUCCAAGGACUUCUCACAGUCGACCCAAAUAAAAGGCUUAAAAUGUCUGGCUUGAGGUACAAUGAAUGGCUUCAGGAUGGCAGUCAGCUAUCCUCAAAUCCUCUCAUGACUCCCGAUAUCCUGGGAUCUUCAGGAGCUGCUGUGCACACCUGUGUGAAAGCCACCUUCCACGCCUUUAACAAAUACAAGAGAGAGGGGUUUUGCCUUCAGAAUGUCGAUAAGGCCCCUUUGGCCAAGAGAAGGAAAAUGAAAAAGACCAGCACCAGCACAGAGACACGCAGCAGCUCCAGCGAGAGUUCUCAUUCUUCUUCCUCUCACUCGCACGGUAAAACGACACCUACAAAGACCCUGCAGCCAAGCAAUCCUGCUGACAGUAGUAACCCAGAGACCCUCUUCCAGUUCUCGGACUGAACGGCACAGGAAUGGUAGGAAUGUCGCCUGUGAUCCUUUGCACCUUUAGUCCCCUCAGCGUAUGCCUGAGGCGAGGUUUUGUGCUUUUAAAAAAAACGUGUCCCAUUGGUCUCAUUGGAAUCUGCCUCUUAGGGAAUUUUUUCAGGAAAGCCCCGUUGGUUAUCCUUGUCCACAAACACUGGACGGAGAAUGUUACUGUGAAUAAAGCACGUGUUACACUGUGUGGCGACCUGUCGUGAUGCCAGCAGGACUAUUCUUGAAAGAGCAAAGGCACUUACAAGUGUAAUCAGAGACUGGCUAGAUUUGAACUGUGCACGGAAUGAGUCACAGGUUUUGCAGCUGUCUGCCCGCAAGAGUUACUCCUGCGAUGAGGACACCUUUUGCUUCGCCUUGUGGAUUUUUAAGAGAUUUGCACUUUUGAACAGUGAUUUAUCAGAGAAAAAUGUCUGUUUUCAAAAAGAUUCUGUAGUGAAUUUUAUGUGUGGCAUAUACUUACUUCUUGAGAGAGGAUUUUAACUUAUUGUUUUUAUUUUAUGGUUACAUGGUGAUAACCUGUUAUGAAUCUUUCUAAAACGUAAAAGAAAAGAUGUCAGAACUUACAGUCCCAGGCGCUAUAUUCGGGACCCACCUGAGACGCAUGCUAAGCUACAUAUGUUUUUAGUUUUGCACUGCUCUUUCCUGGCAAUUUGUUCUAAUGGUUACUGCAAAACAUUAAGGUACAGGUGUCUGUUUUAAGUAAUAUUGCACUUUAUAAAAGAAUAUGAAUAAAGCAAACUGUUUUAUAAAGUGCACUGUUUAAAGCAUAUGUACUGUAUUUUUGCAUUUUUUCCAUUGUGUACUUUAAAUUUGUCCUCACAUCCCCCCUCGUACUUGGUUUGCAACAAAGAGAACAGGCCGUGUGGUGUAAUGUCAUCUUGUGCCACUUAGGUUCCGAUGUGAGGAAAACCUGAAGGGAAAUUCUUUUAAACACUGUGCUUCAUAUUUGUACACUGUGUUGUGCGGCAGUGAGGCAUUUCCUCCUGUAGCCAGAUAUUAUGUACAUAAUAUUUUAGAAUUAUAACUAUAACUUGUUUUGAAAUUUUUCUGUUAAAUUUUAAAUCCAGAAAGCCUAUUUUAUAAACUUAUACAGAGCACUUUUAUUGCUCAAAAGUUCUGAAUUCAUACAGAAAACAAGUGCUAUGUGAUGAAGACAUUUUACUGAAAGAUUGCUGCAUUUUAAAAUAUGAUUAAUUCAUUCCCUAUGCAAAAAAAAAAGGAGUGGUAGGAUUCGUAUAUUACAUUUUCUUUUAAAGCCAUCACAUGAAAUGUCAGGACUGAGAAAGGUGGUAUUUGUUUACAGGAAUCAUGCUUUAAAAAUAAUGCCCAACAUGUGCAUUUUAUAGUUUUUGUUAAUGAUAACUCUGGCACAUUGAUUUGGAACUUGGGCAUGAUAUUUAUUUAUUCCUUUCUUGAGAUAAUAGCAGCAUUAAUUUCAGCCAGUUAUGAAUACUAAAAAUAUUGCAUUCUAUGUAAUAGUAGUAUAUUUAUUACUAAAUCAAUGUAUAUAUUAAUAGCACAGGCAACAAAAAUGGCAAAUAUUAAAGUAUUUUCAAAAUAUUGUUUUAUCCUGUUCCCAUUUUUGUCCACAAUGGUUAUUGGAAAUAACUUUUUAUACUUUUCAGUGGCCCAAAUGGCUACAUAAUUCUCACUGAGACAGUUGUAUUCCUAGCUUUUUCAGUCGCUCCUUGUAAUGAUAGGAAAUCUUACAUGAAGUAUUACCAAACUAUAUAUAUAGCUAAUUCACAAAAUGUGAUUCCAUCAUGCACAGAUUUAUAGUAAUUAAGAAAAUGUCCAUUUAUACCUAUAGUUAUGUAGACUAUAUUUGGAAAUGUGUGACUUAACUCGAGUCAUUUUUAAAACUGCAUCCUGUUGGAAAAUACUAAUUGUAAACUAGAAGGGCUGUGUUGGUAAUGGAAAGGGAUCCAGAAAAAUGGUCAGUGUGCCCUAAUGAUUGAUGAUGUAAUUGACUCAUUGUGAAGAUUGGAAAUCAAUGGGUUUCAUUGUCAUUUAUUUUCCUUGCCUUCUCAUCUGGAGGACAUGACAGAAAACGAAAUGGGUGAAACAAAAGGCAGAUUAAGAGAAAGGAAAGAGAUGUCUGAGACCUCAAUUUAUGAGCCUCCCUGAAUAAUCUAGUUUGUUUGGGCUUUUGAGAAAAGCUGGAAAACACUGAGUACUGCCCUCUUGUCGAGUGUCUUCUAUACCAGAAAAGACAGCAUCUGAUGCUAGUUUAUAGCAGUUAAGUUGUGUGCAGGCUGUUCGGGAAUAGUGAAAUGCACUUUAAAAUUCACAGAGUUUUCAUUUUGUCACAUCAAAAAUAAACCAAAAAGUGCUUCAUAUGAAAAUGUUAAAUUAAAGGGCUCUUUUGGUAUCAGGAGUGAAAUAGAAGUAGAUCUAAGGAAAAAAAUACACAUACAUUCUCUUUAUAACAAUUUUGGAGAUAGAGCCCAAUCACCCCUUCCCUUCUUCCCUUAUUGAUUUUAUUCUAUGUUGUUUUCAUAGCAUCAUAAAUCUUGACUCAUAUCAUCUAUUUUAUAACUACAUAUGGCUGAUUGAGAGACAAGAUUCAGAAAAGGAAGGAAAUACAGGAAAGAAAUUUUAAAAUACCAGUUUCUUCUAAUUACUGUGCCAGAUCCUAUGGCUGAGUGAGUUAAAUUAGCUAUUUUGAAAAUCAUUAAUUCUUCUAAACCUCCAUAAAAUAAUAAAUCACUGAACCACUGGAAUAGAAAAUCAAGUCUCGAAUUAAUUUCAACAUGCUUGUUUGUCUUGAAGUUGGAGAUUCAUUUAUCCAUGGAAAACUGCCUUUUAAUUUUUUUACGUUUCUGCUGAUUUCUUCAAUAACUAUAAAAGGUGAAAUUUUAAAUAUAAGGUAAGUUAUUUUAAAGAAAUCUGCUAGAAUAACAGCGACUACUUUUUUAAAUAGGGAAUUCCUUUGUAUCUCAUUUUAUUUUUUAAAUAUGUUUCAAAUACUUUAUAAAAAUAUAUAAUUUAUUGCCCACUUGUUCACCUUGCCCCCAAUUCAAACACCAGUUAUUGUCAUAUUUAUUAAAUCAGGGUCCCUCAAAAUAGUGAAAAAUUUCUGAAUCAUUGGCCCUGUAUGUGUCUUAGACCACUUAAUUGUUUUGGAUGUUCUCCCAAUGACCGAUAAUAACAUGAUUUGGGUAUUUGUGUUAUCUAAUAUUCUUUGAGAUCUAAGUAAAAAGGUUAAAUUCUGAUACGCCGCUUAUACUAUAUCAAAAUAAUUUUCUUAUAGAUGAAUUAUUGUAAUGAUGAAAUAUGUUAAAGUAUAUGAUUUGGCCCCUCAAAUGUCUUAUACUGUGAACACCCCAGUUUCUGACUUUUGAUUACUCAUAACCCCCCCAUGAGUGUCCAUCUUCAUUUGAUACCUUUAUUUAGCACUAAAAUGAAUGUUGCAGGCUCUAAUGAAAUUCGGAAUUUAAAUGUGAUUAUAAAACUCAAAGAAUGGAAAAGUAAUCACUAAGAUAACAAAGCAAUUAUGCAUCAAUUAUUGUAAGUAUAACCUACCCAGAGGACAUAGCUGCUACAGCAACAUAGAGGUUUUAUUCUGUCUUGUUAGGUGACUUCACUCCAAUUUGUGACAUUCCUUAGAACAUUUUCCUUAAGAGUAGUUAUUUAAAUUUUGUCUAUAUAAGGAAAAACAUGUAUGUUCAAGGGGGCAACAAUUUUCGGCUUCAGGACAUUUGGUUAGUCUCAUUUCAUUCCUCAUCUUCAGCAUUUCUUACUUUUUGGCUUUCAAGAUACUGUCUUUGUAUGCCCAGCUCCCCGUUAUGUGAUUAAGUAAUCGAUGCUUUUCUUCCCCAGGGCAGUCAUCCACCUUUUAGUUCAUGAAUCUGUGGAUUAAGCAGGUGCCAAUAUUUCAUAUUUUGCUUCUAUGAGACAGAAAAGGAGUAAAAACCUAAAGUGACUCCCAAAUAUAUCCUUCUUGACCUUUUCAUAGGAGUGCAAAGUAGGUCUGGUUGCUGGCCAGCCAUUUCCUUUCUGUUAUUUCUUGUGAUCGCAUGGUAAACGCUUGAUAGUUUGCAUUUAGGAGACUUGGGUUAAAAGGCAGGAUUCUUCGGGGUUAUUGAUCAGGCUUAAUUUUCCUGCAGUAUUUCUGCUGGAGUAGGUGGAAGCACAUUUUGUAAUAUUUUUCUAGUUAGAGUGAUGUUUAGGUUAUUCUAAGGAGUUGACUACUUCAGAUAAGUUGAGUUAGUAUUUACUACAGAGCUGUUCUCCAGAGCACAGGAUACUGGGAUAAUACUUAGCAUUAAGUUGUUCGCAUUACUCUUUUCCAUUGCAUUAAUUUAUCAUUUGUACAGUUUUAUAAAAUUUAUCUCUUAGCUAAAAAAAAAAAUUCUACUUUUGUUCUUGUUCCUUCCUAUAUUGAGCAGUUUUUAUCUUUUCACUUAUGUUUGAAAGUCCUCCUAUGUUAAAAAGAGAAGAAAACAGAACCCCCAAAAUGUCAUGACAAAAGGAAAUUUCAGUGGUAGAAACAAAAUACUAUAGAUUUAUUCUCUGGCAUUUCUGCUUGUAGAUGGAUUGAAAAAUCAUUGUUUCUGUUGUUUCCUUUGUUUGAAAAUCCAGUAAGGUCAAGGAACUUGACACUCUUAACUGCAGUUUCAUUUUUAACUUUAUAAGAGGUAGUUAUGUAAGAUGUGCACUGUUUUGUUGGAAUGGAUAUGUGAUCAUUCUCUUCAUUAAAGACCUGUUGCUGUGGUAGACAUCUGAUUACUCAUAACAGUUUAUUUUAGGUACUAUAGUGCUAUUCUAGUUGCUCAAAUUAUAAAUACUGGUAAAGGGGGAGAUCAAAUGUAAAAUAAUUCUCAUUCUUUUGAUGAAUCUAAAAGGAAAUAUAAAGGUGCUAUAUUACAUAUAAAGUUAAUGUUUUAGUAGUACGAUUUUGAAAACUAUCCCUCCAAAGUUUACUGGCAUGAAUUUUUAUAAAGAAGAAGAGAAAACCACAUAUAUACACACUGAGAGGAAUUUUUAAAAGACUGGCAUUUUAACGUGUAGCUGGUAUGCUUGUCUAAAAUGGCAUUCAUCCUUAGGUAUUGACAAUACUCUAAGGGGCAAUAAUCUGUGUAACUAUGUAAAUUCUUCCACAGCUUUACAUAAAGAUUGGAAUUUGUCUUACUAGAAAAUCAAUGGAAGAUAAAAAAGAUGAAAACCAUUGUUUUUCUUCUGUUCUACAUGGACAGUUCAAAGUAUAGUCAAGCCACAGUUCAAACAUAUGUCUUUUCCAUCCAUUGCCAUGUGUGCUGUCUUCAUUAGCUGCAGAAAAGUCAUACUUUUUCAUGCAUCGCUUUUUCUGUUUUCCAGUUACCCGACCUCACACAUGAAUGCAUCCCUACACUGAAAUCUCACUCACUACUUCUUCAUGUACUGACUAAUGUUUAUAGGUUGUAGUUAAGGUCAGAGAAAUUACUCCAUUGGGACAGACAAGGGAAAAAAUGGGGAUGAAAAUGACGUAGGAAUAAGGAGGGAAUGACACUGUGUGAAAAAGUGAGCACCUUACAACUCUGAGACACAAACAUAGGGCUCCUUUACAAAAGUGCUAUUUCAAAGGCCAUACAGACAAAUCUCUUUUAAAAAUUGUAUCUACUAUGUGGAUAAAUUAAUGUAUUUAACAUGUCUACGCGGGCUUUAUAAGGCGGUCGUUGUCUUCUAGGAGGCCCUUGUGAUAACUUUCUCCUCUAUUUCCCUACUUUCUCCUCAACUAUUCCUGCUGCCUUCUGCCCACACCACUUCUACCCUAUGGCCAAAGGGACCAGUCCAAAUGGAGCACGCAGACUGCAUACAGUGAUCAUGUUUUUUAAAACUUGUAUUGCAGUUUGUAGCAUGUAAAGUGCCCAGAUCUUAAGUGCCCAGCUCAGUGAAUUUUUACAUUUGUAUGCGCCCAUGUGUGUAAUCGCCAUCUAGAUCAAGCUGAGGCUCCAGUCCAUACUCUGACAUCCCCACCAUGCUGACUUCUGUCACCACAGAUGAGUUUUGCCUGUUCUUGACCUUUUUUGUAAAUGGGAUCGUACAGUCUGUAGUCUGUUGUGUCUGGUUCUAGUUGAUUGUCAUUAUGUCUGGGAAAUUCAUCUUCAUGGUUGCCAGCAAUGUGCUCUGUUUCGUAACUGUCGUAUUCUGUCAGAUGAGUGUAUCACAACCUGUCCGUUCUACUGUGGAUGAGCAUUUGAGUUGUUGAAAUUUUUAGCUUUUCUGUGUAAAGCUGCCAUGAGCAUUCCUGCAUAUAUCUUUUAGUGGACAUGUGCACUCAUUUCUCUUGGGUUUAUACAUAAGAAUGAAACUAAGUUAUAGGAUGGAUGUAUAUUUAGGUUAUAGAAGAUACCACCAAAUAGUUUCCAACAGUGAUUGUACCAGUUCACACUCCCACCACAAUGUGUGUGAGUUCCAGUUAUUCUACGUCCUCAUCAAUACUUGGUACCAUCUGCCUUAUUAGUUUUAACCAUUCUGGGAAGGGUAUGUUUCAUUGUGGGUUUAGCCAUUUUGGGAAGCAUAUAUUUUAUUGUGGUUUUAAUGUGCAUUUCUAUGAGAAGUAAUGACAUGUGGAACACCUUUUUAUAUCUUUACUAGCCGUUUGGAUAUUCUCAUUUGUUCAGCGCUGUUCAGGUCACUUGUUCAUGUUUUUGGGGUUGUCUUGUCUUUUUCCUGUUGAUUUGCAAAAGUUCUUUACAUAUGUUUGGUAUGAGUUUUUUUGAAUAAUCUAUUAUUAUAAAUAUCUUCUCUGUGGUUUGCUUUUCCACUUUCCAAAUGGUUUCCUUAAAGGAUCAGAAAGUAAUAAUUGUUAUGAAAUCCAAAUUAUCAACCUUUUAUGGUUAAUGAUUUCUGCGUCCUGUUUGAUAAAUCUUACCCCAAGAUUAGGAAGAUAUUCUUAAAUUCUUCUAAAAGCUUUAUUGUCUUACCAUUCACAUUAGGCCUAUGAUCUGUCUAGCGCUGAUAUUUGUAGUGUGAGAUAGGAGCCAAAGUUCACUUACUUCCAUAUGAGUAUUCACUGGACCCAGCACAAGGUAUUGUAAGGCUCAGUGCAUCGCAGUUGCAAUUUUUAUAAAGGCUUCAUAUCUGGGAAUGUCAGACCUCUAACUUUGAUCUUUCAUAUAGUCUUGGCUAUUCUUAACCCUUUGCAUUUCCAUAUACAUUUUAGAAACAUCUUGUCGAUAUUCCUGUGGGAGGUAGGGGAAGGAAUAUCUAUUAGGAUUUAAUUGGUUUUGUAUUGAAUAUACGAAAAGGUCAGACAAUCAAGUUCACGAACUUUCCACCGUGCACUUAAAUGGUGGAAAGUUCACAAGCUAAAUUGUCUGACCUUUGUAUAUUUCAGGAGAAUUUAUAUUGUCUCAGAGCGAUAUACAAACACAGUAUAUCCCUCUGUUUACUUAGGUCUUCUUUAAUUUGUCUCAGAAAUGUUUUAAGAUUUACAUGUAGAGGUUAGACUUAUUUCUAGAUUUUUUAUUUGUUUGUAUUUUAUUAUCUAAUCCUUUUUUAUUAGUAUAAAGAAAUCUAAUUGAUUUUUUAAUUGCCUUUGCAUCUAGCAACUUUACUAAAUUCACUUUAAUUAUGAUAAUUCUAUAGAUUCUUUUGUAUUAAUUCACGUAUAUAAUCAUUUCUGCCGUAAAUAAUGAUAGUUUCAUUUCCCCCUUUUUCCAAUUUUACUUUUCUUGCCUUAUUGAGCAGACUAGGACUUCUAGCAAAAUGUUGGAUAGAAGUGGUGACAGUGGACCUCUUUGACUUGUUCCUGAACUCAAAAUAAGAAUUCAGUAAUUCACCCUUCAAUAUGGUGUUUGCUAUAAAUUUUUAAUAGAUACCAUUUACCAAAUUAAGUGGGUUUUUUUUACUCCUAGUUUUCUGAGAGUUUUUAUUAAAUGCUUUACUACCUCUAUUGAGAUGGUCAUGUGCUUUUUUCCCUUUAUUCUCUUAUAGUGACAAAUUACACUAAUUGCUUUUCAAAUACUGCAUUCCUGGGAUGAACCCUAUUUGGUCAUGUUAUUUUAUUCUUUUCAUAUAUCAGUGGAUUAAGUGUGCUAUUAGGUUGUUGCAAAAGUAAUUGCGGUUUAAAAGGUUAAAAAUAAUUGCAAAAACCACAAUGAUUACAGCAACAACCUAAUAAUAUUUGGCCUGAGGUUUUUGAGUUGUCUUUUAAUUGGAGUAUCUAGUGCAUUUACAGUUAAUGUAAUUAUUGAUUACUGGUUUUAAAUCUAUCAUCUCAGUUUGUUUUCCAUUUGUCCCAUUUCCUUUUGUUCCUUUGUUUCUCCUUUUCUGCCCUUCUUUUGAAUAAACCAAGUAUUCUCUAUUACCAUUUUCCCUACCAUGUUAAUUGUUGGAGAGUUUUUAAUUCAUUCAGCAGUAAACUUCUUUUGAAUAAACCAAGUAUUCUCUAUUACCCAUUUUUUCCCUACCAUUUUAAUUGUUGGAGAGUUUUUAAUUCAUUCAGUAGUAACCUUAGAAAUUACAACAUGCAUCUUUGACUUACCACAAUCUACCUUAAAUUGGUGCAUUGCUGCUUUCCAACAAUUUAAGAACUUUUUCAGUUUAAAUCUGUUUACCCCCUCCUUCCUUUUGUGUUGUCACAUAUUUUACCUCUGUAUUCUAUAUGUAUUUUAAGCCUCAAAACACAUUUGAUUAUUAUUACUACUACUAUCUGCUUUACAGAAUCAGAAUUCGGUCUUAUUUACCCAUGUUGACUCUUUAUGAUAUUUUUCAUUCCAAUCUGCUUUUCCUUACUUUUAUCUGGAAUUAUCUUCCUUCGGCCUAGAGAUCUCUCUUUAGUAUUUCUCUUAGUGCCAGGCCUGCUGUCAAUGGAUUUUCUUGGCUUUUGCUUUUUGAAAACUUCUUUUGUUUUUAUUACCUUUUAUAACACCUAUGCUGAGUUAAAUUCACAUAUGCCAUUCACUCAAAGUGUACAAUUCAACAUUGCCUUUAAUUUUGAAGAAUAUUUUUGCUGGGGAUGAAAUUCUAGGUUCAGCACUUUCAAGAUAUCACUCCAUUCCUUAAUUUCUGUAGCAAAGUCAGUCAUCAGUCUUCCUGUUGCUCCUUUGCAGGUCAUAUGUCUUUUUUCCUCUGUCACUUUUAAGAUUUUUAUCUUUGUCUUUGGUUUUUACAAUUUGACUAUGAUAUACCUACGUGUGGUUUCUUUAUCUUUCCUAAGGAUAGUAAAUUUGUUGAAUCUGUUGGUGGAUGUUCUUCCUCAAUUUUGGAAAUUCUUAACCAGUAAUUAUUCAAAUAAUUUUUUCCAAUCCAUUCUCUCUCUUCCCUUUUCUAGGAUUCUUCCAAACCUCUUCAGCAUGUUCCGCAUAUGUAUUUUACAAUCUUUUCUGUGUUUUCCAUUUUUAUUUCUUCCUGUACUUCAAUCUGUGUAGUUUUCACUGACGUGUCUUCUAAUUCAUUUUUCCUCUGUUCUGCUGGAUCUAAUGAAUUUGAAUUUGAAUUUCACAUAUUGUAUUUUAAGUCUAAAAUGUUCAUUGACUUUUUUAUAGAUUCCAGGUCUCUGGUGAAAUUCUCAGUCGUUUUCUCUAUAAUGUUCUUGAACAUAUUAAUUUUCAAGUUCUUGUCUGAUAAAUCCAAAGCCUGAAUUACUCCCUAUUGAUUGUUUCUGUUGUCAAUAUAUGUGUAUUUUCUUUUGGUUUUCAUUCAUUGGGUCCAGCCUCAUAGGUUUGACUGACUACUAUACAUUGUGUAGUAGAGAUUGAAGAGGCUCUGCGUGUUACCUUCCUCCUAAGAUAGUUAUGUUUCCUUCUGCAGGUAGUUUGAGUAUAGGCGGAUCCCAUAAUCCUACUGAACGUUGAUUUUAGACUUUGUUAGGGCUGGUUUCAGUGUCUGCCCUUCUUCCUGGCACACAGCCUCUUUGGGUUCUCCACUGAAAAUCCAGGGUGUUUAUCAGGGCCACUUUACCUUGGUGGCUUCAAACUCCAACCACUGUCUCCUCGGCACCAAGAGCUGCUAAAAGCUCCCAGCUGCUGCUGCUGCUGCUGCUGCGUUUCUGGGGUCUCCCCUUGUGCGCGUGGGUUAGGAUCGGCAAACACCUCCAGGAGACAGUGGAGCAGCAUUUCAGACUUGCUCCCCUGAGGUUUCCUUCUCUCUGGGACUUUGCCCCUCCAGUCCGAGCUACUUUGGCAGCCUGAACUCCAACCUUUGUCUCCAACCAAGUAGGAUUGCUGCUUUGCGCUAGGAAUUUAUUUCCGGGGCCAGGAGUUUGCAGUGCCCUCAGAAAUCUGAAUGAGUGGGGCUCACACCAGGGUGCUUCCCUCCCUUCCUGUAGGGACUAUAGCUCCUUGAGUUCCCCCUGCAUGGGUUGCUCCCGAUGCCUAUAAACAGAUGUGAUGGGUGUUAUUUAGCUUUCAUAGUUUUUUUUCAGUUCCAGUCACAAGCUAUUCUGUUGUUGCCACAAGCAGAAAUCUGGUGGUAAUCAUUUCAAUCAUCGUUGUUAUUUCCCCACAGUGGCUUCACGCAGUUGACAACUUGGUUGUCACAGGUUCAGGUGGGAGGGCACCAGGUUUAUUCACGUGUUCCUUCAUACACUAGAUAUUUUUGGAACUCCUAGUCGAGCCAGGUACUGUUUGAGACUCAGGUACCACAGCAGUAAAUAAUAAGAUCUCUCUGCCACGUUGGGACUUUUAGCCACUUGUUUUGUAGAAAAGCUACUAAAGGGUUUCUGUACCAUACUUGUACUAAUUAAAGACUUUUCUUAUGUGUGACUGAGAGAGGACAGGCUGAGACCAAGACCUUUUGGAUUACAACACCUUUCUAUUUUAUACAAAUGUCUUUAGCCUUUUUAUAAACUCUGCACCUUAUUCACGCACAGUGCAUCAAACCUUGGCCCAUCUUUUGAAAGCUAAAAUAUUCUGCGUCAUUCCCUAUCUGUGAGUUUCUACGUCAUGCAGACAAAACAGACACCUGGAAAACUCACUCUUUGGAGUGCAAUUAUAUGACAACUAAGUUAAAACUCCAAGAACUAACUUAUGGAGAACAAACUUAGCUCUGAAAUCAUUCUAUGAAUGUCAACAUGAGAUCUGGUGGAGAACCAGCCUACUUGUGGUUUCUCAUUUUAACCUCAGUUCCUAAAAAACACUUCACAUGCUGCAAAGCACUAUUUAAUGCUUUGAGAUACUAAAAAUGCCUUGGUGUUCCCAGUCUUCCAGAAUAGCUUAAAUGUCACUGUUACCAAGAGAAAAGUCUAACCUGGGCACACGUCACUGUUUAUAGACAUUACGGUCAAAUCAAGAACUUUUUUCCUCUGUUCUUUGUUAUUCUCUCCCACUUCUGAAAGUUCACAUAUUCCAGAGAUGAUGAUUUGUACUUCCAAUUAUAAUCCACUUUUAUGUGAUCAAAAGGCAGUCACAGAACUAGACCAUCAUCAUCUAUACGAGCUCUGUAGGAACUAGGUACAGUCAGGGACGGUCAAGAAGCUUGAGCGCCUGGAAUCCUUGGAUCAGAGCCCUUUGGGAAGGGUUUAAGAACUCCCCGUGAAAGUCGAUGAAGCCAGACACAAAAAGUCACAUGUUGUAUGAUUCCAUUCACAGGAAAUGGACAGAAUAGGCAAAUCCAUAGGGACAGAAAGUAGAUUAGUGUGUUCCAGAGGAUGAUAGGAUGGGGAAAUGGGGUGUGACUGCUUCAUGGGUGUGGUUGAUGAGGUUUUGCGGUGAUGAAAAUGUUCUGGAAUUAAGUGGUAGUAAUGAUUGUACAAUGUUGUGAAUGUACUAAAAACCACUGGAUUGUACACUUAAAAUGCAGAAUUUUAUGUUAUGUGAAUGUUCUCUCUCUCACACACACACACACACACGCACACACAUACACACACGAACUACCAGCGAGAAAGCAUAGAGUUAUUUUGAGGAAGUUAGUUCUAACACCCUGCUAUUCAGAGAAUACCGUCCCCAGUCCUCUUUUCUUUGGCAAAACUGUUUGAAGCAUAAUUGAUAUUAUGGUUGGAAAAUCUUAUCUUACAAACAGAAAUUAAGUUCUGGGGGACAAAAUGAAUUUGUUUCUUGCAGGUAACGCCAAAAUCCCAGCCUAACAGAGAGAGGGCGCCUCCUUUGGUCACGUUCCUCACACGCCGCCCAGCCCCCCAAGUUGAAUAAUGGAGUAAUGUUUGGAUAGAUAGCAAGGUGCCCCGUGCUUUAAUGAUAAUCUCAUUCAGUUUGUCGUUACUUUUGUCUCCGCUCUAAGGGUUAAUCCUUUGCUUUUACCCUCAUUGUCAUAGUGGGACCACCAGGCUCUUGCUUUACAUACAUUGUUCUUGGGUGAUUGCUUUUCUCAAAUCUUUCCUUGUCUUACCUAUAUUAACUUUCUUUCAGAAGCAGGUUCAUUUGUGCAUUUACUGAAAUGUUCUUUAUUCAUGAAGUCAUUUGGAGCAGAUUUCUUUUUCUCAAACAUAAUACCAUUGAAAUUCUAGAAAAUUAUGCUGCUCGUGACUUUGCCAUUUUCCUAAGUAGUCAGAGGCUAUAUUGUCCCUUUAACUCACUGUGUACAGUUAAAAAUCUUUAUCUGUGACUAUUUAGACUCGUUGAAUGCAAAAAGUUUUGUCAACAUGAGAGCGAAUGUAUAAAUCUUUUUAUUCACCAGUUGAGAUAGCACAUGAAUCUUUGCUUUUGUUCCUGGCAAAGAUGAACUCUAUUGAAGAAAAUGAAUUAGACUUUGAAAUUUUCAAAAUGCUUUUUAUAGCAAAUGUAAAUAAAGUUGUUUCAAACUGCCAAUUGUUUUACAUAAAAUCUCUCUGUGAAGAAUACAUAUUGCAGCGCAAUAAGAUUAGUACUUUUUAUGCAUUUUGAAUAUAAAUGUUUUGAAGGUAUUUUUAAUAGUAACUAGCUAUUGAAAAUUCUUUCUUAUGGUAUUUAGAAUAAAGCACACCUCAAAUGUAUGAACAAGUAUGAGUAUUUUGUAUCAGUAGUCAAAUUGUUAUGUAUGUUUUAAAACGAGUGGGCUGGGAAGAUAAAUAUUUGUUUAUAAUUAGCAUUUUACUAAGUGGUUUGGAUAUAUCUUUUAGAUGUUUGAGUAAAGUCUACUGUCAGAGUAUCCCAGAUUUUUUUUAUUUCAGCGUCUGUGCUUCUGAGCCUAGAGUUGGCUUUUUAACAUCAGAAUACUCAAACUCUACUUACCUAAAAAGUCCAGAAAACUUUUUCUGAUAAUGAAUACAUUCAGUGAAAAACUUGACUCUUUAAAAAUUCUAAUUAGAAUUUAUACUGACUUAUUUGGACCCUGUAUAUAUUAUGAAACCUAAAAAGAUAACUAUUUGAGACUAUUGAUGUAUAAUCUUCAGUAUAUAGGCUUUUUAAAACAUUAGUUUCUGCAUUGGUUUCGUGUUAAGUGUUUUAGAUGUUAGCAGAUUAGAGUUAAGGGUUCGUUUUAAAUCUAGUAGCAUAUUUAGGGCUUAUUAAAUUACAAGUGUCAAUUUCAGAUCUUCAUACGGCAUUAUAAUUACUUAAAAUUAAGUUGCAUUAAUACGCUAUCUACACACAUACCUUCGUUUGGAGGAAAAAAUAUGAUUCCAUUUUUUAGUUACUUAACAAUUAACUUAGUUGUUACUAGUUACUUAAUAGUUUAAUAUUGUGAAAUGUACCUGUGUGUAUGUGUGUGUACACACAUAUAUUUGUAGCUUGCACAACACUUAAUAAGACUCAUUCCUUCGAUUGACUAUGCACUGCUAUGACCCAUCUAUACUGAAGGGAUGUGAGAUAUCUGCAUUCGUUUCUUUUUGAAUGAAAGAUAUGGAUACAAAUAGUUCAAACUAGUUACACCAGAUAGUUUCCUAAAGAGCUAAUAUAGCUGUUACAGGGCACACUUCCAGAGUUCUAGGGUUAUUUUAACGCACCUUUAAAGAUGGUUAGGGUUUUGAUUUAAUACAAAGGCUUCACAGUACUAAACUUUGGGUAUUUAAAACACCCAUGAAUAGUAGGUAUUUAUUUGUUUUUUUCAAAGAUUAAGUAACGAAUGUCUUUUAUUUACUUGAUUGAUUUUAUCUAGCCAUUACAAAUGUGAUGCUUAUUUUCUUAAUAGCUACUUAAUUAUUUGUGUCUUAAUGGGAAAUUUUCAUUUGAUUAGUAAACUGCGAGGUUUUGGGUUUUUGAAUUUUUAUGGUUGGUUUGGGGGAUUUUUGGGGGGCGGGGAGGUGAUAACCUAAGAAAUUUCUGCAGUAGAAAAUAUCAUGAAACUAUAUAUGUCCCUUAUAAAGUUGUGGCAUUUAGAGGAAUAUUUCAAAGAUGGGAGAUACGGAAAUUAAACAAAGCAGCAUCACUCUUUUUUCAUAGUGAAUUCAUCUUGUACAUGGAAUGACAAGCAUGUUUAGCAGUUUUUGCUCACAGUCUGGGCUUCUUUUCAUUGUUAACUGCUUUACAAACUUGAUAAUGUUCCUCACUGAUAAGAGGCUCCCUGGUAUUUAUUUUUGUUUAAAGACAAAUAUUUUUAAUACAGAGAAAAAAAAAGUUGCACAUAUGCCCCCAUAUGGCAAACUCUCAACUAGCAGUACCACAUGGCAGCAUUAAAUACCAGCUAUACCAACAGCAUGCAAAUACACUGUCACUAAAACCUAGCACUUUACGUUGCGAGUGUUUUUAGAUCUUAUUGACAGAUGAGAUUGUAAGAUCUCUCUUACAUUGAGAGAUCAGAUCUUACUGAGGUGGGUUUCAUGUGAUUGGACAAAUACAUAAAUAUUUGCUCCUUGGAAAGUAUUUAGAUAGUAGACAUGAAUGGUCUGCUUAUGAACCAUAGAUCUGAGAAACCGUUUUAGAUGAAAUUUCCAAUGUUAACGUUUUUGCAGAUGAAUUGCUUGGGCAGACUGCUAUGUUUCUCUGUUCUAGGACCGGUACUGGAUAAUACUAUUUAUCUCUUUAGGCCACCAACAUACUAUUAAAUUAGCUCCUUUUUGUUCCAAUGAGCGCCGAGUUGAUGGGAACACUGUGUGGAAGGUCGGUGCAUUGUUGACCAUUGCACAGUGAGCCUCCGAUGAGAACUGCGUUUCAAGAAGCUACGAGUCAUGAAAUAUAAAGCCCGUCAAUCAUGUCUAGCUUAGUUCAGGCCCCAGCUUUAUUUCUCAGCAUUCAGUUUUUAAUAAUAUCAGCAUCUUACAAAAAGCACAUUUGUCCUCUAAAAGGAAACAUGGUUACCAAGAAAAGCUUUUUCUAUUCUUUCUCUCUUACCUGAACCCUUGGCUUUAAUUGAACAAUAAAAUGUAUCAUGUAUGACGCUUUCCAUAAGUAUUGCUGAUGAUUUUGCAAAUAGGAGGUGGGCAGGUGGUUUGGUACUGUAUUUCCAGACUGGUCACAGACAUGGUGACCCUGAGCAAGUCACUCAGCCUCUCUGUGCCUCCGUUUUUUCAUCUGUAAAAUGGGAAUAGUUGCUGUCGUUCCCCACCUCAACAGCAUACUGAAGGAUCAGUCAAAGAAGAGGGAAAAAAAUCUAUAAGGUGCAUUGAUCCCAAAGAUGGGCAGAAUAUAGAUGUAGCGGUUAAUAAGUAAUGAAGACUUUGUUAUAUAACAACUUAAUUUAAAAAGUGUCUUUGCGUGGAUCUGAAUAUCAACUAACAUUUUGAAGUAUAACUUGAGAGUAGGUAGGUUUGAAAUGAAAUAGAUUUUUAGUGUUUAUGGUCACAAACAGUGUUAGUAAAUAUUCAUAGUGUCUGUUAUAGUCUGAGUGUGGGUUAAACUAUCUCAUUGUACUAAGCUGAUUUGCAGCACAUCUUGUUCUUUGAGUUCGACUUCACUGAUUUCAGAGGACUACAUAGUUAGAUCAAACCAUAGUCAUAGCAGUAUUUGUAGCGUAUCCUAGAAUCUUAGCGUUUCAGAGCCUUAGCGCUCCCUCAGUGCAAUUUCCUAUCUGAAGCGAGCGUCCUCCUGGUGACGUCACUGACAGGUGCUCGUGCAGCCUCUUCCUGAAGACUUUGGAAAAUGGGGUGUGUUGCUACCUCACUACUUCGAUGUGUACCUUCUGUUCAAAAAUUUCCUAAAACUUGGAACUAGUCACUUGUUACAUGGGAAGAGGCAAGCAUUUUAACUUUUGUAUCUAACACCGUCCUCCUAUAAAGGACAUAGGCUUACAAUAUUUGCCAGGUUUUAUUUUUGGCAUGGUUUCGAUUUGGUUUUUUCCUCCAUUUUGUUAAUAAUUUGAAAAUAUCUUCUUCCCUUUUUAUUUGUAUCUUCUCCCAUUUAGUAUUUAUGGUAGCAAGGAGGGAAAGGAUGUCUAUUUUUAAAAUGGACUGAAACCAUGGGCUUCUGUUCUUAUCUUACUAUGGCAACUGCAGUGAUUACUAUCUCUCAUUUAAAGAUUCUUCCAAAUGAGAAGCCAUUCCUUUCAGGUCAAUGCCUGAGAAGCAAUUUCAGGAGCUCUGGGGGCAGGGAGGCUGAUGGGACCCUAGAGUAGAGAAUAGGGUCUGAGAGUGUCCUUCCAAGGGACAUACAUGGCAUUUGACUGCAGUGCUGGCCACCAGGUAAGAAGGCUGUGAAACAAUGUGUCAAUUUUCCUUUAGCAAAUCAGGCUGGGGAACCUCCAUCCCAUCUUUGGAAGAGAAGCUGCGCUUGAUCUUGUUGCAAUCCAGCUUACCAGGUGGCCAUGUCAGGAUGAAUCAGCCUCAGACUCUACACCCUAUAGCAGUGAUUAUCUGUGCGUAGCCACCAAAUGAACUAUUUUAGACGAUUUUAAACAGCUGUUGGCAGUCCACUCUCAUCAGCUAUGGUCCAAGGUGGCCUUUCAGGCAGAAGAAUCACCAGCCAGAGUGGAUGUUUCUAAAAUAAAAGACCUGUACUCCAUGCCCCUUUUAAAAACGUCUGUUUUCACACAUGGUCACACGUUCAUCUCGGGCCAAAACUUGGUUUUAAAAGGCCUGUUUUCUGAAGGUGUCUUUGUAAGCAUUUCAUCGCUGGCUCUGUUAGUCGCCUGAUAAGUAGUAGCUAAUUCAUCAUUCCCUCAAUAUGAGAGGAACAUCUAUUAUAUUCAGACCCCCAGGCUGCCUCUGCAACCCGGCUAGGACCAAGUCCUCAUUUGUCAACUGAGAACAUAAACCUGUCAUAUUCAUUUGUCACCAAGGGAGGAAACUAUUGUAUUUGCAGAAAAUUUGCUUGCAUUUUUCUUUGGUUGGUCUUUGCUAUAGUCUGCUCGGCUUAAUGAGGUUUUUUACCUGCCUAUCUGUUUGUCUCUCCCACUCACCUUACACCAAAUUUUCCAAUAGGGAAAAUUCAUUUUUAUUCAAGAAAGGAGCAAAAAGUGCUCUUACGUGAAGCCUACAGAUAGUGCUUGCUUUGGGAAUAGAUGAUAUCUUCUUAUUUUGGUUGUAAACAUCAAUUUGAAUGGCAAUUAGAACAGGUUUUUAACCUCUUUCAAAAAGCACUUCUGUGGCAGACCUUUGAUGGAGUUACUCAACUGGCAUGCAAUUAGAAUUUUAUUUGCAUGGCUUUUUUUCUAAGUCUCUCUAAAAGAGCAUAAAACGUUCUUAAGAUUCAAGAAAUGAAGUUAUUCUCACAUCAAGGAUCAAUUGUAUUUUAUAUCUGCCUUUCAUGCCAUCUUCCUUUAUUUUUAUUAGUAUUAAUUCUCCUCAAAGGAAGUAAUUUUUAUUUUUUGCUGCAUUUAGUGGGUAGUAGCAGCUCUUUACCUUCUUUCCUGAACCCCAUAUUUAUAAUACUUUAUGGUAGAUUUUUAAAAUUGAUUAAUUCUAGCUGGUCUGGAAUCUUCAAGUAUUAAUUUAUACUGAACGUUCCCUCUUCUGGUAUUAUUUAGACUAGCUAAACAUUACAAUUUUCUUUUGUUGCUAUAAAUAUGCGUAGUUAUUUCCAUGUUCUUUGGAUGCUUUAUUAUAGUGAUUGUUGGGGCUGCUAUUAAUUAAAGGUAAACUAUAUGGAGUUAAGAAUUUUUAUACUAUGAACUAUUUAUUGAGAAUUUUCAGAAUUCCAUAGCUACUUGUCUUUAACACUUGUAAGAGGCAUGCAUUUUUCUCCCUUCAUGGUCUGAAAGUUAGUUUUCCCUUUGUUCAGGCAGGUGUCAAUGAGUUGUAUCUACUGGAAAACACACAUGUUUCAAAAAGUGGAUGUAUUGCAGAAAUGUGAUGUUUCCUUGCCUCGUAGGGAGUUUGGCCAGAAAGUUUUAUGUAUGGGUUUCAUUUUUAACAAAGCAUAAGGGCUUCCUUUUUUUACCGACUUGUGUGUGUGUGAAGAUGUAUUUGUUCAAGCUUCAAGAAAAGAAUAAACCUGUCAUUGUUCAAA